UUGAAGGAAAUCGAUAUUGAAUUAAAAGGGUAAUUUUUUUGAUGAAUAAGUCGUUCCUUUGUCCACAAAUAAUUGCCUGCUUACAAGUUACAUCCAGUGCUUUAAAAUGGAAAUGAUGGAUUGCGAUGAAGAAAUGUGUUCAGAAUUUUAACACGCCAUGGUCUGGAAGCAAAUUAAACUUUACGAAAAAAUUAUGUUUUUUACACAACUUCGCUUUGAAUCAGGCCGUUUGGCUUGAGGAUAUCACCCAGAAUGCUAAGACUCGCAAUCUGGACCUGGGGUUGCCGGAAACUCUUCAGUUCAAGCUGAAGGGCAUCGGGAAACAGGAUCUGACCUUGAAUCUCGUGGAAAACAAGCGACUGAACCAGAACGCUCCGGUAUACGAGGUCCACACAGAGAAUGGUCAAAAUAAACUGGUCAAAAAAGAAACAGCGCCCAUUACCGAUGUGAAGUUCUACCACGACAAGGAGAAUGGUGGUUCGUUCAUGGUUGAAUGCUCCAAGAGAUCAAAGGGCGCGUGCCGACGAACACUGACUGGUAGCUUGGAGAUUGACAAUUACGCCUACGAAAUCAACCCGACGCAGGAAAUGUUUGUGUCAAGGUCACUGGCCGGCAACAAGCUUAAUCCGCAUAUGCUUUCCAGGGUGGUAACUCGCACAGGAAAGCGUAUUCUUAGCGUGAUUGCUAGACGGGGUCACAUUAGCAAAGACGCCCCAGUACCUCCUAGCUACAUAGACGCCCCAUUACCGCCUAGCAACCUGGCUGAUACGCACAAUCAGAAAUUUGGUGACGAUAUGCGCCCUUAUCCUCCCAAGCCGGAACCCGGUCAUAAUGACUCUGGGGUCAUUAGUGACAUUGUUGUAAAAGAGCUUGCCAAUGAAUUACGACAACUCAUGAUGAAUAGCGAGAUGGAUGCCUUUACAGAGAAACGUCAUCUUCAUCGUCAGAAGAGACAAUCAACCAACACGUACGCCUUGGAAAUCCUUGUCGGAGCCGAUCCUUCCGUCUGGAAAAAGUACUACGCACAAGCUGUUGCCACGGCCACUAUGACUAAGGAUCAGGCAACUGAGUUGUACAUCCGGAAGCGUUUCUCUCACAUCAUUAACGGGAUGAGUCUUCGCUAUGAAAGCAUCGAAGAUCCUGAGUUGAAUAUUUACGUGACUAUGACUGGAAUCAUAAUUUACAAGACGAUUGCUGCCAACAAUCCGUUACCGAAUGCUCAAACGGUGGAGACGGUUAAUGGGAAGGAGGUUGCAGAUGGUGGCUUCUACCUAGAAAAACUUGGAAGCUGGCUUGCUGGUCUCUCUGGCACACCCGAUAAUGAUCACGCUAUGGUGUUUACAGAAUACGACAUAUACGCGGCUGACGAUGAUUCGGGAUCGAGAUCGUACGGCGUGGUAGGGAUGGCCUGGAUGUACGGCGUGUGUAACAGCAAUCGUGUGUCCAUCCAAGAGGACGACGACUACUACACAACGACAAGUGUCGCUGCGCACGAAUUAGGACACAACCUCGGUUCCGAUCAUGACGGCGAACAAAGUGACGCCGUCGCCUCGGCUUGUUCCGCCGACUCAAUGUUCAUCAUGGCCCCGUGGGUGUCCUCAUUCCAAAGCGGCGAUGCGUACACGGUGAACCCCUGGCGCUUCUCGACAUGCUCCGUAAAGCAGUUCAAAAAUUACAUCAAGUCUCUGGGAAGAAACAACUGCCUGCUGGACUCUGGAGACGCCACGGACGAGUACAAAAUCCACUCGACCAAGCAACCCGGGGAGUUGUACUCGCCAACAGAGCAAUGUCAGCUCGAAUAUGGAAUAAAUUCGAAAUUUGGAUGCGGUCAGUCAGUCACAGACCCACGGAUAUGCCUGCACAUGUCAUGUUUGCAUGAUGGUUCUUGCCUUGAUAUUGCUGCCGCCCGAGGCACACCGUGCGACGAUCCUUCUCUGAACAAGUGGUGCAAAGAGGGAAGGUGUGUCGCUAAAGGAACAUCAGAAAACAGCACCACAACGAUUAAACCGGCCACAACAACCACUUUGUCGACCACAACGAGACCUACAUCAACCACGACAACGAGGCCGACCACAUCGGCCACGACGACUAUACCAACCAUGACGACAACGGAGGCGACCACGACGACUUGGCCGACCAGUACGGAAGCCACGACGAAUGAGCCGACAACGACCCUUGUCGACAUACAGGAAGGCUGCACCAACACAGGCUGGUACGACUGGUCGUGUGAUGAACUGAGCGACUACUUCAAGGACACCUUCCAGCUCGAUCCGGAAGUCUGGUGCCUCGAUCCAUCAUGGCAGGACAGAUGCUGCGGCAUGUGCUCUGCAUAUAUUGACUUUACGUCAACUACGACCACCACGACGACCACGACGACUGAGACGACCACAACCCUGUCCGGCAUACCGGAAGGCUGCACCAACUCAGGCUAUUACGACUGGUCGUGUGAUGAACUGAGCGACUACUUCAAUUACAAAUACGACUACGAUCCGGAAGACUGGUGCCUCGAUCCGUCAUGGCAGGACAGAUGCUGUGGCAUAUGCUAUGAAAACGGAAUUUACUACAAGAAAUAAUCGCGAAAACUGGCUGUGUGACCAUGGACAUUACAGAUUUCUUUCAAUGUUUUACUCUUUUUUCGUUCUUUGACAUAUAUUGCUAUUUACAUAUUUUCUUUUCUAAUAAACACACAUCUUCGAAUUUCUUA